CGCCACCUCGACUCUCCAUCAUCAAGACACGGCCUUAUCCAUCCUCAUCCAACAUGCAGCCAGAAAUCAUCAAUCUUCAUACCAGCUCCCUCUCAAAGUACCCACACCAACCUCAAGCAGGGACACCAAACGGCGCGGUCCUGUCCGACAGUCUGAAAGUAAAUGCUAUCCCAGAAGCCAAACUUUCUGCCAACCAGACGAACCACAUGAGUGGCAGCUGAAGACAAGCGGUCACAGCUGUUCAGUCGAAGGAAAAGAAUCUCUAGCCCAGGCAAACCAACUGCGAACCAUCUUAGGCAAGACGAGGCAAUCCGGACGCCUUCUCGACCUUUGGCGGACCAUUGAUGCCUAGAGAACAGGCAGAGUAAGGCAUCAUGAGGCAGUUUUCGAGGUGGACUUCGAGGCGGGAAAAGUGAGGCGGGAGGCCUCGUGCAGCGUCACUCUGCAUGAUGCAGAAGCGUCACCCAUCCUCACCGACAGAAACGCGAGCCCGUCCCAUUGGGCCACGUCAACAUCGCAACGCCCGCCAUCAUCGACGCGAAGCCCACGACACCACGGCGUCGCGCGCACAUACGACCUGACCUUGGACGCUUUUCCCGCUUCCAUUCCGACCCAAUGACAGCUCAGGUAUCCGGACAGUCUCUUAUCUUGUUUUGCCCCGCUUCGCCCGGUCACAGUUGGCCCGAGAGUGCCGGGUUUCUUUUCGUCGUUGCAGCCUGCCGCAAAGGUCCAGUUCGUCCUCUUCCACUCCAAUCAGCGGAUGAGGCACUUUCUCGGAAAGGAGCGAUUCGCGUACUACAACGAUAUGUUGUGUUCCCAGAACCAAGGAGAGGGGCGUGUGAAAGACGAGCUUGAAGUCAAGCUUGUCGGAUUUUCGAAGAGCGCUCGCUGUCUUGCAGUGUUGCCGCCUUAAGCUCUUAUAGGGGUUUGCGAGCUGUUAUGGCUUUGUGAUGCGCGUUUCCUGUUCGGAGCCAAAAAUCUUCUCGGGCUGGAUCACGUUCUCGCGGUUUCACUUGGUCGACUCGAGAUUGUCGAACUUCCAGACCCUCGUGCGUCUGACGGCGCCGGAUCCCAGAACCCUUGGUUAGAUGCUCUUUCAUUUCAGUCUCGUCCCCAUGUACUUGUAUAGUGUUGGAAUCACCGUGUUCCUCUGUCUCGGUGGAUUUAAGAAGGGUGAACAAUACCCAAGUCCAACCUACUCCACCCGAUUCUUGAACAUCGCCUGGAGAAGCGCCGACGCCAGACAACAAGCAUUGCAAGUAGGGGGGUUUGACCUACCCCCGAGUCCACCUCCGGCUCGAAGCCUCGAGAAAACGGCUCUGCUCACCCAUUGCAUAUAUUGCUAACAGCCGUUGAACUCAUGCAACCACCAUGAUGUGCCCGCGGUGGGGGUGCCGCUUGUAUCAUCACGACGGUCAACGCUAGCACGAAAACCUGCAUUGGACCAUUGAGUCUGGACCUCACGAGCACCCAACGAGACCACCGAACAACUGACGAGCAAUCGCUCGCUCCUGGACUCGUCGACACUUGAUAUGCUGCCUGACAACUUGCCUGAUCUUGGCAUCGAACGCAUCGGUCAAGUCGUCUUCUCCAACCUCUAUGGGUUUUCUCAUCAACCCUAAGCGGCUCUUGUUUACACUUCGUCGACAGACAGGAGCCAACCAAAAAUGCAUUUUGAAGUUUUGGGCUCGGCGGCAUCUUGGAGAGCAAAUGGUUCGCCUCUUCCUGCCAUGAAAGUCGUAUUUAAACCUUACAGAUUUGGUCCUGAAAAACUUGGCUUCAACGUUCCAAGCACCAGUAUACUCGCGCGCUCGUUCAGCCUACCAAGACAGACGACGGCUCAUAACCUCCAUACGCAAUCCCGGCUACAAAAUCGGCCACCUCUCGUGACUCACAGGUUCCGCUCUGCAGACGUGUAGGAAUCAUGGGCGCGCAAUCCCAGAAAUCCGCCUACAAUGGUCAUUCAACCCCAAAGCAGACUCACGUGCACUCGACGGAGGAGUCGAAAAAGCAGCUUGCGAAGCGGCGGACCUCCAUGUACCUCGGCCAGCCCGCGUCCGAAGAACCGAGCGCAUACAGGGCCUCGUUUCGUUCCACUGCCGCCCACGAUGCCAGGCGAGAAUCGAGGCCGAUUUGAAGCGGGCCAUACGACGGCUCAGCGGCAAAUAAGCACAACCGUUUUCUAUGGACGGCAUAUCAUAAGAGGCGGUUCACGACACGGAGCAGUCGGGCUCGCUGAGGGUGUUGGAAUCGGCGUAACGGUGUUCUUUGGGAACGGGAAGAGAGAUAUUAUCAAUCUAAUGUACGCUUUAGGUUCUCAAGGGGGUGGGGGUUCUUUUCUCUUUCCAACACCCAUCCAUGUGCUCAACGGGCGUCGUAAGUCAGCAGUCGCCGCCGCAUCCCAAGACUACAACCAAAAUAAUGUCUCGAUCCAUAUGGACCUGUUUCUCUCCCGAUCACCUACGUUAUCCCCGUGGUAGAAUCGCAGCGCUUGCCAACGACACUCUCCUGAUCGAACUCCUCGGCCAGUUACCGAAGGUCGUGUUGUAUACACACAUGUGUUGAGGAGAAAGGCGCCAUGCAGGACAUUGGCUGUCGGCUGCCGGCUGCUAGACUCGUUGCCGAAUGUUGUUGAACGGAAGAGCGUCCGGGUUGACACGUUGGAGGCAGUUCCUCGGCCGUCUGGCUGUCUAGCAGGGCAAGCAGCAUGAUUUGCCGUUUUCAGAAUGUCGCCAUGAACAAUACUUGCCUGAAAGAACUCUCCCGCAUCUUCCUGCGGCCAAUAUCUUUUCAGUGGUUACGCCCCUCAGACACACAUAUGCAUGCAUUGCUGCAGUGUGUUACUUGUGGUUAUUCUGUUCGUCUGCCUCCCUCAUUGCGGGUUCAUUGCAUGCAAAACCUGACCGGCCUGCGAAGUUUCAUUCGCCCCUGUCCAUUAGCCUCCACGUACGAAAUGCAUGCCGAGGGGCUCGUUGACGCCGGCGCCCUGCAGUUCAUAUGUUGGGCAACUCAACCAAC